AUGUGGACUGGAGUUUGGAACCAGCACAAGAGGAUCACCAAACACCUCCAUGGGGUAGCCAUACAGAGACACUCACUUCCUGGGAUGCUUAUACAAAAACAAUGAAGUGCAUCAAGAGGCAAAGAGGGAAGCCAUACCAGUGAUAUUUUGAAGACAUGUGGCAGUGAAGUGGUGAGAAGCUGACCAUGGGUGACUGGAACCUGCUGGGCAGCAUCCUAGAAGAGGUCCACAUUCAUUCCACCAUCGUGGGCAAGAUCUGGCUUACCAUACUCUUCAUCUUCCGCAUGCUGAUCCUGGGUGCAGCUGCUGAGGAUGUAUGGGAUGACGAGCAGUCCGAGUUUGUCUGCAACACCGACCAGCCAGGCUGCAAGGCGGUCUGCUAUGACCGUGCCUUUCCCAUCUCCCUCAUUCGCUUCUGGGUCCUACAGGUCAUCUUUGUCUCUGCACCCUCUCUGGUCUAUAUGGGCCAUGCCCUCUACUGCAUCCGAGCUCUGGAGAAGGAGCGCCACCGCAGACGGGCACAGCUAAAGGAGGAGAUGGACGAGGCUGAGUUGGCUUUGGUUGAACAGAAACGUGUGGAGAGGGAGCUGAGGAGACUGGACGAGCAGAAAAAGGUGAAGAAGGCUCCACUCAGAGGCUCUCUGUUGAGAACCUACAUCAUCCAUAUCCUUACACGCUCUGUGGUGGAGGUCUGCUUCAUCCUGGGCCAGUAUGCACUCUAUGGUGUCAGCCUGGAUCCACUCUAUAAGUGCGAGAGGCUGCCUUGCCCAAACAGUGUAGACUGUUACAUCUCCAGGCCCACAGAGAAGACUAUCUUCAUGGUGUUCAUGAUCGCCAUUGCUGGUGUUUCACUUUUCCUCAACAUUUUGGAAAUAUCCCACCUGGGCAUCAGGAAAAUCAAACAGACACUGUAUGGAGAGAGGUACACGGAAGAUGACAGUUUGAUUUACAAGUCCAAGAAGAAGUCGUCCUCGCCACACCUUUGUGUAAUGAGCAAUGUAUCACCUCACAAUGGGCCUUUGACUCAGACCUUCAAAGUGAUUCCAGAGGCGGACAUAAAGCCUCCUUAUUACAACACUGGGCUCAAAGCCAACCAGGAUGCACUAAGAUACAACAACUUGGCUCAUCUGGGACACAGUCAGACCAGCUAUAUCUGUCCCCAACCUAGGAUGCCAUCCAGGUCUGGCCAGAACUGUGUCCCUGAAACCCAUGAAGGUCCAGAGAUCCACACAGCUGUGGUGGACCACCAUCCAGCCUGGGCUUCUGCUGAGUCCAAUAUGGAAAGAAGUGCAACCGGUCAUCAUGAGGAUCCCCGUGAGGAGGAACACCCCCACCCCAGUCAUUUGGCAGCUCUGCUGUCCACCAGCACCUUACGGCCCAGAGCUAUCAGAGACCUGGAUGAGGACGAGCGAAGGGAGUCAACAGGGAGUGAGGUCCUACUCCCUAACCCCAGGAAGACCAGCUUCAUGAUCAGGCCACCAUCUGAGAGCUUGUCCUCCAUCAGUGGCUCCACGAGCCCUUCCUUACAUACCUCAGAGGAGUCGGAUGAACUGGGCUCCCUGCAGGGAGACAUGCCUAUGAUGCCGCCUGCUGGAGGCCGAAGAAUGUCAAUGGCAAGUAGAGAGCAGAGAUUAUCUCGUGUGUCUGAAUCGUUUAAUACUAGCCCAGAAGAGGGAUGUCCAUUUCGGUUAAUGUUGCUUUCAAUAGGCCAACAUUAA